GUGUGUGGGUGUGGGUGUGUGUGUGCUGGAGCGGGGCAGCUGGCGCUCUCAGCUCUCUGCUCGGUUCUCACUGCUGGAAAUGGCGAUCCGGGCUGGCCAGCUCCGUUCUCCGCGUCUCCUGCUGGCGCUUUUCGCGCUUAUCGCCUGCGGACCGCAGUCUGCGCUUUGCUGUCCGAGCCGCUGCUUGUGUUUCCGAACCACAGUGAGAUGUAUGCAUUUGAACCUGGAAACCGUGCCGGCUGUGUCUCCGCAGACAACCAUUCUAGACCUGAGAUUCAACAAAAUCAAGGAUUUACAACCAGGCUCCUUCAGGCGAUUAACGAACCUCAACACACUUCUCCUCAACAACAAUCAUAUACGAAGGAUUCCCAGGGGAGCGUUUGAAGACCUAGAAAACCUCAAGUAUCUCUAUUUGUACAAGAAUGAAAUCCAAUCAAUUGACAGACAAGCAUUUAAGGGCCUUGUCUCUCUUGAGCAACUCUACCUGCACUUCAACAGCAUCGAUUCUUUGGAACCGGAAUCCUUCAGCCAUCUGCCGAAGUUGGAACGACUGUUUUUGCACAAUAACAGAAUAACACAGCUCAUCCCAGGAACCUUCGCUCAUCUGCAGUCCAUGAAACGAUUGCGGCUGGACUCUAACGCUUUAAGUUGUGACUGUGAGCUGCUGUGGCUGGCCGACCUACUGAAGCAGUACGCCGAGUCAGGAAAUGCCCAGGCUGCUGCCACCUGCGAGCAUCCCAGUCGACUACAGGGCCGAUCGGUGGCCACCCUCACUGCUGAGGAGCUCAAUUGCGAGGUACCAAGGAUUACCUCAGAGCCCCGGGAUGUCGAUGUUACAUCAGGAAACACUGUUUACUUCACCUGUAGGGCUGAGGGAAACCCCAAACCUCAGAUUAUCUGGCUCAGGAACAACAAUGCUUUAAAUAUGCGAGAUGACAAUCGUCUGAACCUCCUGGAAGAUGGGACUCUGAUGAUUCAAGACACCAGAGAGACUGACCAGGGAGUUUACCAAUGCAUGGCCAAGAAUGUAGCUGGGGAAGUCAAGACUUCAGAGGUCACUCUUCGAUACUUUGGAGCCCCCUCCCGGCCAAGUUUUGUCAUUCAACCCCAGAACACGGAGGUGCUGGUGGGUGAGAGCGUGACCCUGGAAUGCAGCGCCACUGGUCAGCCACAGCCAAGAGUCACAUGGACGAAGGGUGACCGCACGCCAUUGCCUAGUGACACUCGCAUCAACAUCACUCCAUCUGGGGGGCUUUACAUCCAGAAUGUUGUCCGAGAGGAUGGAGGACUAUACACAUGCUUCGCCUCCAAUAAUGUGGAUACCAUACAUGCUACAGCACGCAUCAUUGUCCAAGCGACUCCCCAGUUUACCGUCACACCACAGGACCAGUCAGUUUUGGAGGGUGACACCGUGGAUAUUCCCUGCGAGGCGAGCGGUUACCCAGAGCCAGUGAUUGUCUGGACUCGAGGUGGAAAUUUACUACCUUCUGACCGACGACAUGCAAUUCUGCCUGCUGGUACCCUCCAUAUAACUCGUGUUGCGACCCAUGACGAAGGCCAGUACGAGUGUGAGGCAGUGAGUCCAGUGGGGACAGUGCGCGCAACUGUGCAGCUCAACAUUGAGCAAAGAGCAACCCCCCAGUUCACCAUAACGCCACAGGACCAGUCAGUCUUGGAGGGUAAUACGGUGGAUUUCCCCUGUGUGGCAAGCGGUUAUCCAACACCACUGAUCAUAUGGACUCGAGGUGGAAGUCCUCUUCCCUCAGACCGCCGCCACGUCAUCCUGGCCUCCGGUACGCUCCGCAUCACUCGGGUUGCUGCACACGAUGAGGGCCAGUAUGAAUGUGAGGCGGUGAGCACGGUGGGAACAGUCCGCACCACUGUGCAGCUUAGCAUCGAGCAAAGAGUAACGCCUGUUUUCACAAAUGCUCCAAGGGACCUGACUGUGGAGUCUGGUCAGGAUGUGCAGAUUUCCUGCAGUGCUCGGGGCCAGCCGCGCCCGGUCCUCACCUGGAACAAGGAUGGUGUUCAGAUAACAGAGAGUGGCAAGUUUCACAUCAGUGAAGAAGGUUACCUGGAGGUGAAAGAUGUUGGCACUGCAGAUGCUGGACGCUAUGAAUGUGUUGCCCGGAACCCCAUUGGAUACCAGGCUGCUCGAAUGGUGCUUACAGUCACAGUGCCUGCUAUCAGCCGAGAGGGAGACACAUUUGUGACCACAUCCAUAGAGCAGGCCAUCCGUACUGUGGACAGUGCAAUUGAGUCCACAAGGAGACGUCUCUUUGACGGUCAGCCUCGUACUCCAGGAGAGCUGCUCGCUCUUUUCCGAUAUCCACGUGAUCCCUACACGGUGGAGCAGGCUCGUGCCGGGGAGAUCUUUGAGCAGACUCUUCUGCUCAUCCAAAACCACGUCAACCAGGGUCUCAUGGUGGACACCAACGGUACCGCAUUUCGCUACAACGAUCUGGUAUCACCCCGGUUUCUGGAAAUGAUUGCUAAUCUCUCUGGCUGCACAGCCCAUCGCCGCAACAACAACUGCUCAGACAUUUGCUUCCACCAGAAGUACCGUAGCCAUGAUGGGACCUGCAACAACCUGCAACACCCCAUGUGGGGUGCCUCACUCACUGCGUUUGAACGUCUCCUGAAGCCAGUUUACGACAAUGGCUUCAACCUGCCCAGAGGAACCACAGACAGGGUUCAUAAUGGUUAUCGACUGCCCCUGCCUAGGCUGGUGUCCACCACAAUGAUUGGAACAGAGACCAUCACUCCUGAUAAUCGCUACACUCACAUGCUGAUGCAGUGGGGUCAGUUCCUGGACCACGACUUGGACUCCACAGUAGUGGCCCUGAGUCAGGCUCGGUUUUCUGAUGGCCAGCUGUGUGCUCAGGUCUGCACGAAUGACCCGCCGUGCUUUCCAAUCCAGUUCCCACCCAAUGACCAGCGGCAGCUGCGAAGCGGUGCUCGCUGCAUGUUCUUUGUCCGUUCCAGCCCAGUAUGCGGUAGCGGGAUGACAUCCCUGCUCAUGAAUAGUGUUUAUCCCAGAGAACAGAUCAACCAAAUCACCUCCUACAUUGACGCCUCUAAUGUCUACGGCAGCUCACGACAUGAAUCAGAGCAGAUUCGUGACAUGGCCAGCCACAGGGGGCUUCUUCGUCAAGGGAUCAUACAACGAACAGGGAAGGCACUUCUUCCAUUUGCCACAGGACCGCCUACUGAGUGCAUGAGGGAUGAGAACGAGAGUCCAAUCCCUUGCUUCUUGGCUGGAGAUCACCGUGCCAAUGAACAACUUGCCUUGACUUCUAUGCACACUGUGUGGUUAAGGGAGCACAACCGCAUCGCUACAGAACUGCUAAGACUGAAUCCCCACUGGGACGGCGACACCAUCUACCACGAGACCAGAAAAAUAGUGGGGGCUCAGAUGCAACACAUCACCUACAAUCAUUGGUUACCAAAGAUACUUGGUGAAGCAGGCAUGAGGAUUUUAGGGCCGUACACCGGUUAUGACCCCAAUGUUAACGCUGGCAUCUUCAAUUCGUUCGCCACAGCAGCUUUCCGCUUUGGACAUACCCUCAUCAACCCAAUACUCUAUAGGUUAAAUGAACACUUCGAACCUAUCACCCAGGGUCACAUAUCACUGCACCGGGCCUUCUUCUCUCCUUUCCGCAUCGUGAAUGAGGGAGGCAUCGACCCGCUCCUUCGUGGACUGUUUGGGGUUGCUGGCAAGAUGCGCGUUUCCACCCAACUGCUGAACACUGAGCUGACUGAGAAGUUAUUUUCUAUGGCCCAUGCUGUGGCACUGGAUCUGGCUGCCAUGAAUGUUCAGAGAGGAAGGGAUCAUGGCAUACCACCAUACAAUGACUACAGGACAUUUUGUAACCUGACCUCCGCUCAGACUUUUGAUGACUUGAAGAAUGAAAUCAAAAACCCUGAUGUCAGAGAAAAACUACGAAGGCUAUACGGUACGCCUCUCAACAUUGACUUGUUCCCAGCCCUGAUGGCUGAAGAUCUGGUCCCUGGCAGUAGAUUGGGUCCUACCCUCAUGUGUCUGCUCGCAAUGCAAUUCAAGCGUGUCCGAGAUGGAGACCGGUUCUGGUAUGAAAACCCAGGUGUGUUCACUCCUGCACAGCUGACACAGCUUAAGCAAGCGUCCUUAGCUCGAGUUGUGUGUGACAAUGGAGACAAUAUCACCCGGGUCCAGAGGGAUGUGUUCGCAGUUUCCGACCUGCCCCACGGAUACGGAAACUGUGAUGAUGUUCCUCAGAUCGACUUGCGAAUGUGGCAGGAUUGCUGUGAAGACUGCAGAACCAAGGGUCAGUUCAAUGCUCUGUCAUACCACUUCAGGGGACGAAGAUCAGCUGAGCACAGCUACAAGGAGGAGGAACAUGACAGCAGCAUUCAGGACACAAGCCCUCUGGAAGAAGCUCAAAACAGUCUUUCAAAUGUCACUUUGAGCUCCAAGUUGAGCAGUGAACCUUCAGUUGGUGACUUCCAGGAGUUUGUCUCAGACAUGCAGAAGACCAUCACAAGCUUAAGGAAACAGAUUAAGAAACUGGAAGCUCGUCUACACAAAUCCACCUGCACAGACGGCGAGGGGCGCGAGCGGACAGAUAGAGAGCGCUGGAGAAAGGACUCGUGCUCGACGUGUGAAUGCAGAGAUGCCCAGGUGACCUGCUUCAUCGAGUCGUGUCCAACUGCGGAGUGCAAACAGCCCAUCAAGCUAAAAGGUGCCUGCUGCCCUGUGUGCCUUCAGGAAGAAGAUGACAACAAGAGGCAAAAAGCUGACACCCACCACAAGUAACUUUCAGGACCCUCCCCAACAACCUCACACCUUGACAAUCUAGUGUCUGAAAUCCACAGAAAAUCAGACAAAUCAAGAGAGGAGAUGGGACUGACUCAUAGCCAUGGGUGACCUCGACAAACAAAACAGCCUCUCAGUUUGUUUGUUUUUUAUCAGGGGAGCAAUUUUUGUUUUUCUCUUGUUUUCAAAUUUGUCUGGCAUUCAGUUUGAAAUUGUUCAGCAAUAAGUCAACACUCACUCCAUGGAUUUACUUCUGUAGCAAUGAAUAGAUUAAUGGAUUAUAUAAACAGGAUGGAGAAAAGCUGUCCUCUGACACUGAGGUGCUGUUUGCUCUCAAUGGGAAAAUGCAGGACCAGCUGCCAUUGACAAGCAGGAAAGGGAAGUGGAUGGAAAGGCAGCAGUUGUCUCAAAAUUUUUUUCUCAGGUUAGAGAUGCCGAAAAACUGGUGCUAUUUCCCUGUUUUUACUCCAAGAUAAUCUCUAAAUACGAACCUUAAAGUAUUAUCGUUUGUAUACAAAGCCACCUAUAUACAUGCAAUAUGUCUUUUAUUGAUACAUCAGACUUGAGUGGAUUAUUUUAUUCAAGGACUUUUAUUGAAUAAUUGUCUUUUUAUUCUCUGGUGCUUUAUAUUGUUGCUUUUUACCCUUUUUUUCUAUGUAAAUGCUUAUAUGUGAAAAUAAUGUGAAGCCCUGCAAAAAUGUUUGUAAUGCAAAAGAAACAUGUCUACUGAUACCUGCUCUUCCGUUCGUGGGAUACCUUUUUCGUCUCUCUCCUGGGCCUCAGGUGAGGUGGUGCAGGGAGGCACUCAUCUGUGGAGGAAACCCGACUCAUCUCCUGCAGCAAUGUCCUCUUCAACUCUACGGGUCUGUCUCAAUAAAUUAGAUUAGCAUCAAAAAGUAAAUUUAUAUCAGUAGGAACAUUAGAAGCAUUUAUCUCUGUGCAUUUUUAUGAUCAUGGGGUAAUAAAAACCCAAAAUUGUGUUCCUCAGAAAAAUAGAAUCUUACCUGAUUUUGAUGUUCAGUGUAUGCACUCAUUACAUGGCUGGGGCUCAGUUUGCAUGAAUUAUCGACGUGGUGUGGUAUGCAGGAGAUCAAUCUGUGGUUCUGCUGAGGUGUUUAGGAGGCUCAGGUGGCUUUCAGAGUAACCUUCAAAUUGUUUGCAUUUUUAGAUCUGGUGUCUCUCAUCUUCUGUAAGAGAAUGUCACAUGGAUCUCUAUGAGGUUUAAAUCAAAUUUGUCAGCAGGCUAAUCAAUAACAUUGAUAUCAAGGUCAUUGAGCUUUUGACUUUGUUACUGGUUCUGGAGUGGCUUUGAACAAGGAAUACAUUACCUUAAGUUUAUGCAUCUUUUCCUAUCAUAUUUUUUUCUUCCACCCAAUGUUGAAAUAAUAUUCUUGGAUACAGCCGUGUAUGAAAAGCCAGCUUGUUUAGCAAUGACUUUUUGUCGCUAAUCAUCUUUGUGAGUGUGUACUGACACCUGUCAGGUCAACCAUCUUCACAAUGAUUGUGAAGCCAGGGUUUCUCAAAGAGUGAUAAAGUUGAAAUACUUUUUAUUGCAACUUUUGAUUUUAUUGAAAUAAAUAGCAAAAAUACAACAACAAAAAAAAAAAUACUGCAAUACAGUUUUACAUCCAUAUCACCAAUCUCUACUUUUAAGCCUUAGUCAUCAAAGUGAACAAAAAUAAACACUCAUAACAUGUCAUCUAAUGUGUAAUGAAUCUACAAGUUGUAUUUUGAAUUGACGAAUUGAACAUUUUUAGCUUAUGAUAAAUUAGUAUUCAAAAUUUUUGAGAUGCACCUGUUUUUGUGCUUCUGGAAAGCAGUGAACCAAUAUAUGCUUGUACAUCUGUAAAGUUGUGAACUUCCUCCCAAUGUCUUUUCCUCAACUUCUAAAGCCAAAAAUAGUAUUGCGGAAUACCUUACAUUAUGUAAUUAGCAUAUAUGAAACUAUGUAUGGAUGUUGUAAAAAAAUCUGGAUGCAGCCUUUGGUACUGCUAAUUUUACUGUGGCAGUAUUCACUUUUCAGCUGCUUAUGGGUUUUUUUUUCUUACACAUUCAAUUUUUAUUCAUAACUACAAAGGUCUGUCUGUUUCUCUGGUGCGCCAGUUUUUACAAGGACAUGCUUGCAUACAUUAUUUAGUCUUUAACGUCAACUCCUCCUUUCCUUUAAAUUUGUUUUCUCUCUCUCAUUUUUCUCCAAGGACAGUUUUCACUGUAUGGAAUGCUGACCCCGCUCUUGUUUUUUUUGCCAUAUUGAAGAUUUGAGUCUGAACUGACGUCACUUCGUAGAGUGCAGACUCUCUCUCCCUCCAGCCCUCUGACCCUCAUUCCACUGUAAUAGAAGCCAUAUGAGAGGGGGAGUGAGGGUGAUGAUGGGGGAGGGGCAAUUUCAUGAUUGAAAUUGUACAAUGAUGAAAUUGCCAGUACAGUAUGUACUGUACAUGUAAAAAUACCACUCAUUAUUCAUCAUGCACUGGCUUGCAUUGUCUGAUUGUGUUGUACUUCCAAGUGCCUCUUCAUAUUGGUUCUUUUUGAAGCAAGCAUCUGUCACUGAGAACAAAUAGUACUCACCAGUAUUUUAAUGGUUUCAGAUGACUUGGUGGCUUCAGUCACACUGGUAUCAUAUGCUUGCACAUUUUUGUAUGUUUACAGUUUUUGUUUCUGCAGCAACAGACUAAAUGCAUUUUUUGGCAAGGGGCCAAAGCACUCCUUCACCAGUCUGCAUUGUAAUGUAUCUGGCUUAUUUGGUCAUUUUCAUUUUUCCCCUUUGAAAACUUUCCAGGCAUCAAUGGAAUGCACUGCCCUGCAAGACUGGACAUGUUUACCUACACUGUCCCGGCACCCAGCGGUCAACGAGGACGUACUAGAACCCAUCGUGACAGUUGUAUUGUACUUUUGCCAAAGAAUGGUUUGCACUGUAAUGUAUGCCUUUUAACAGUGAUAAUAAAAAAGCCACAUUUCAAUUACA